CCCACACACCCCAGUACGACCAUUCAAAAUGCCAGGAACCGAGUCUCCUUUCCCGAUUGACAUCAACAAGUACAAGAAGCUGAAGCUCGACCCUUCGAAGCCUCAGCUUUCGGAGGAGGAGAAGGCGACGCUCCUUCAUAACAUCCAGCUUCUCCGUGAUAUCAUCGUCCUUUUCACCGCGACUGGUUCGGCUCGUGGUGUGAGUGGGCACACUGGCGGUGCCUACGAUACCGUUCCGGAGGUUGCUAUCUUACUUUCUCUGUUUGAGGGUUCUGAAAAGUACCUCCCCAUCAUCUUCGAUGAAGCCGGUCACCGUGUUGCCACACAGUAUUUACUUUCCGCGCUGGAGGGCUCCCUGCCUAUUGAGCACCUUCUGCAAUAUCGUGCCGCCAACUCAAAACUUCCCGGUCACCCCGAGCUCGGCCUGACUCCCGGAGUGAAGUUCUCCUCCGGCCGCUUGGGGCACAUGUGGCCUUUGGUCAACGGUGUAGCAAUGGCCAACAAGGACAAGACCGUAUUCAUGCUCGGAUCCGAUGGUUCGCAGCAAGAGGGUGAUGAUGCGGAGGCUGCGCGUCUCGCUGUCGCCCAGAAGCUCAACAUCAAGGUCCUCGUUGACGAUAACGACGUCACGAUCGCCGGUCACCCUUCGGAGUACCUGAAGGGCUAUGAUCUCCAGAAGACCCUAGAAGGUCACGGACUGAAGGUCAUCACUGCCAAGGGCGAGGACAUCGACGACCUUUGGGCAGCGAUCAGCUCCAUUGUCACCUAUGACGGCCCAGCAGCCGUCAUCUCCAAGCGCUUGAUGGCUCCCGGGAUCCCCGACAUCGAGGGCAGCUCGCACGGUCACGAUGUCAUCCCGAUCAAGUCCGCGAUCUCGUACUUCAAGAACCGCGGCUACCCCGAGAGCAUGGCCGCGGACAUCCUUAACAACAUCAAGCCGCAGGCGUGGCCAUAUCUCUACAUCGGCUCCUCUAAGGAAGUCGGCGCCAACCGUGUCGUCUUCGGUGAGGCUGUCAACAAGGUGCUCGAUACCCUGUCGAAGGAGGAGGCUGCGAAGAAGGUCAUGGUCAUCGACAGUGACCUUGAGGGUUCCACCGGCUUGAAGAUCAUUCACCAGAAGCACCCCGAAGUCUUCGUUCCCUCUGGUAUCAUGGAGCGCGGCAACUUCUCCGCCGCCGCCGGAUUCGGAUUCGACCACGACAAGUUCGGCGUCUUCUCCACCUUCUCGGCCUUCCUCGAAAUGUGCAUCUCCGAGAUCACCAUGGCGCGCCUCAACCACUGCAACGUCCUCUGCCACUUCUCGCACUCAGGCGUGGACGAGAUGGCGGACAACACCUGCCAUUUCGGCGUCAACAACCUCUUCGCUGACAACGGGCUGUCGGAUACCCAGAGUUGGCUCUACUUCCCGGCCGACGCCACGCAGAUGGUUGCUGUGAUCAAGCGCGUGUUCUUCGAGCGUGGCCUGCGCUUUGUCUUCUCCACUCGGUCGAAGGUGCCAUGGAUCCUCAAGGAGGAUGGCUCGCGCUUCUACGAUGACGAGUACGAGUUCGUCCCUGGAAAGGACGAGGUUAUUGGCGAGGGCAAGGCAGGCUACGUUGUGUCGUUCGGUGACAUGCUUUACCGCUCGUGGGAUGCCGUCGCUCGCUGCAGGCAGAAGGGCUUGGACGUUGGUUUGAUCAACAAGCCUACGCUCAACAUUGUGGACGAGGAGGUCAUUCGCAAGGUCGGAUCGUCUCCGUUCGUCCUCGUUGUGGAGUCCCUCAACCAGAAGACCGGGUUGGGCAGCAAGUUCGGCACAUGGCUGCUCGAGCGUCAACUGACGCCGAAGUAUGGUUACAUCGGCGCUGUCAAGGAGGGUUGCGGUGGCUUGCAGGAGCAGAUCCCUUACCAAGGUCUUGAUCCUCAAUCUAUCAUCGUCAAGAUCAUGGCUCUGUCACAUUCUACCCCUGCGCCGCCCACGGCAUGAAGCACUCUCCGAAACAGCACGAGGUCGGCGACGUUGUAUGAGCAGGCGAAGAAAACAUGAAACAAAUAGCAUCAUCAAAUGUAACAUUGGUAAUAUAGAUUGCAUAGGGUCCUGUACCUAUCGACGAAACUUAGACAACCAACGAUUGAUUUGACGUCUACCAGCUCACAAAUUACGGUAUACUGUAUGCCAUCCAUGCUUCUUGACCCUCUUGCCCGCCGCCUACCCAGGCGCUGACCAAGCUCGCCGCUGUAUUCUUGACCGCCCAUCCGGUGAUGAUAAUCAUCGUCGUGAAUAAUGGAUGGCAAUCGAGUACAACUCUCAGACCAAAUCCCGCGGACAUCCCGCCGAGAACGUUGCGAACCACCCAUUCCCUAUCCAACUUGUCCUCGUCGAGCAUACGCAGAGCACCGACGACGAGAGGAUGAUACUCCUGCUCCAGGGUCGUGUUCGCGUACCAAGGCGUCAAAGAUUGCUCUGCAGAAUUUGGCCGCCAUAUGGAUAAGAGAAGGAGCAAGAACAGUUUGAUGAGCGACGAGUAGAGUAGUGUGAGCGGGAUAUGCGAGUAUCUGAACAGGUGCCAGGUAUUGGAUUGAGAUGAGCGGCGAGCGAGUCCCAAACCGGAGAGGACGAGGAAGCUGGCGCCCAUGAUGCCUAGGUGAAAGGCCACUGUCUCUACAAGGCAACCUACGAACGUCCUGAGGAACGCCUGUAAAGCCUCCUCAUACCACUGUUCGGAUUCUUCAGCACUCCCAUUGCGUGGUCCUUCGAUGGAAUACCCUAGAUAUGUCCAGCGAAUGAAAGCGUCUACUGCGACAAGUAAGAGGCCAAGUUUCCCAACAAACAUCCACCGAUCCGUUUCACGCAAGGCUUCAGCCCGCGCCUUGUACGCAGCGUCGUCGCUGAAGCCUUGCGCUCGCCGAGACCUCGAUUGAAUAGCAGGUGUCGGUACACCCCUCGUUUAAGCAGAAUCAGGUCGAUGAGGAGGGUCAACGUGUCGUGUUCGACAUAAGGAUCCGCGAACGCC